CGCCCUCUGACUUUGUCCAGUAACACAACAUCAAACCAGCGUCGACAAUUCCAGCAAGGAUCGGAAGGUCAUGUGCAGAAAUCAUUAUGUCGGCGCUCGAGGUAUCGGCGAACAGCGCUGAGCCUGAGUCGCGCGAGAACUCAGCAGACCAAGACGACACGGCAGAUAAGCGGACAAGCAAGAAGCGGAAGGUGCUGUCAUGUUAUUCGUGUCGCAGUCGCAAAAUGAAGUGCGAUCGUAUCUACCCAGUGUGUGGACGAUGUGAGAAGACUGGAAGGAUUGAGCAAUGCUCGUACGACCCGCGAUGGCUCGAGGAAGCGCAGGUUCAGCCUGGCCAGCCGUUGACAAUAAAUGGCAAUCAAACCAUGCUCCGCAUGCAUGAAAGUGGAGUGAGCGACAACUGCACGAAAGGAGACUUGUCAGAUGCACUGCGCUGGAAGAUGCGCAUGCAGGAACGAAGGCUCGAGAUAUUGGAGAAGAAGCUCGCUGCGACAUCCAAUGGUAGCAGCAACAGGCCAUCGCAACUCAGAACAUUGCCUCCCGACGAACCUAAGAUCACGGAGGAAAUGAUUUUCAGAGGGAAAGACUUCAGGACACAGUUCCAUGGCACGACCAGCGUGAUGAGCAUGAUCUCACAGUACCGAGACCUACAAAUAUUCACACAAGAGGCACUAGCAGUGGACAUCACCAUAUCCCGUUUUAAGAAAGACUUCAAAGGAUUUCGUGACCGGAGAAAGGUUUUGAGGAAGGAAAGAAUUGCACGGACCUACGGUACUGAUGAGGAAAUUUUCACGCUGCUCCCACCUAAGCAUGAGGUUGAUAUCCAAGCCGCCCUGUACUUUCGCACCUGGGAGACCACCUAUCGCAUCCUUCACGCACCAACGUUCUGGCAAGAGUACAACAGCUUCUGGGAGCGGCGGGAUGAGCAAGACGCCGCGUUCGCUACAAUCCUAGUACUGAUUGUGACUACAACGAAGUGCUCAAUGGUCAAGGAUGAUGUAUUCGUCGGCGAUGUCUCAUCUGACCGGGAUGCUGCAUCUAAUCUGAUCGAGACGUGUGAAAUGUGGCUCAACAGACAGUCGCGCAAGCGCUUGACACUUCCCUACUUCCAGCUUCAGUGUCUGGCGCUGCUUGCAAAGCGGGUCAAUUGUGUCAUGUUGAAGCACGACUGGCUGGCUGCGGGUGACCUUAUGCGGCUUGCUCUAGCAUCUGGAAUGCAUCGAGACCCUUCGCUUCUGGCUACUGGACAUAUCUCCGAAUACGAGAAAGAGAUGAAGAAGCGCCUGUGGUAUACCAUUGCGGAGCUCGAGAUUCAGGCAUCGAUUGAUAGCGGUUUACAAUCAUCUUUGGCGAAUCUAUAUUUCGACACGCCAGCGCCGGGAAAUCUACCGGACGAAGCAUUUUCACUCGAGACAAAAGAGAUGCCAGCAGUUCGGCCGAAGGAGCAUUUUACAUCGACGUCGUAUCUGAUCACUGCACUACGAUCGCUCCCGCUUCGUAUCCAUCUCAGCACACUCCUCAAUGACCCAUCGGGUCAGCUGCAAUACACAGAUGUCCUUCAUUUUGAUGACCAAAUUUCAUCAGCGUUCUCCAAUGUGCCAAUUUGGACAGACCCGCGUGCGACAAUCCCGUCGGCAUUGCUUGGCCUGCAGCAUCUCCAGUUCCUGCUCGUGCUUCACAAGCCGUAUGCGAAGAUGGCAUACACAGAAAAGCGAUUUGCGUAUUCAUUCACCUCUUGUGUCGAGACUGCGGGCUUAAUAACCGAUAUCCACGAAGAUUUGGCGUCGCAAGAUAUCCUCAUUCUCAAUCACUUCCGCAACGAUGUCAUUCGUGCCGGUAUAACUCUUUCCGAAGUCGCCGCCCUCAACUGUGUCCGACACAGCGUAAAGCCUACAUCAAUACCGGUGAUACACACCCAAUCAGAUCAGAGCAUGCAUAUCGCAGAUAUGGAAGGGCCCCAUAUUCCUUUUUUGCAAAAGGGCAGCUUUGCUCCCCAUGGUCCAGUUGCCUGCCUUGCAGUACUACCGCGCGAGACUUUAUCUCGCACUCUUUUCAAAGCCAGCAUCGACAUUCUAGAACGUACUCUCCAGCUUUUCGAAAGCAAAGUUAUGCGCCUUGGCACUGGUUACAUAGAAUACUGGCUUCUCAGUGCGGCAAUUGGUAUGCUUCCCCCUCUAGACCCUAUUUCACUUCCCAUUUCCUCGAUCGCGCACCGUACAGCCAAUGAAGACGAGAUUCGCGAGCGCUGCAAGACCGCACUCGAUCGCUUCACGAACCUAGCAUUUCGAGUUCUUGCAAUGCAGCGCAUCCCAUCGGAUAGCCUUGCUGGAGGGCUUAGUGAGUGCAUGAGCAGAAGUGGCCCGGGUGAUGUACGCAAACCGAGUAUUGCGAGCGAACGAAGGGGUACGAUUCUUUCGAGCAGAGCAGCUGGAAGCUUUGGAAAAAAGGGGGUGGGUGCAUUUACCAGCGGUAGUAUGGUCAGGGACAUGCCGUUCCCGUCGAUAAGUGGCAGCGAAGACAGGAAUGCCGACACUCUCCAUAACUCAUUCGAUACUUCAGCGGAUACGGGUGAGGACUUGAGCGGAUGGAUAUUCCCAGACUUCUGGACAUUCGACCUGGCUGAAGAUUUCUGAGUGUGUUGCAGGACUGAACACCAGUCCAAGUUUAUCGCAAAGCUCUUGGAUCUUCCUCCAGCAGAAAGCCCUCCACUCUUCUUGCCCAGAGGCAUGCACACUGGCCGUUUUUGGCUUACUUGUAGUCUAGCUUUUCUUAGAGACUGUAAUAACGUACCUCACGGGGCGAGUGGCCAGACCGGGCGAGUGACCGAAUUUUGCCAAGACCACACCAAACUUCAACUUCUCUUGCAUGUUACAGUGAGUUGCUACAACAUACUGUAACUUGCAGUAUACAG